AUGCAGCAACCUAACAUCUCGGCGGAAAAGAUUACCAAGAUGUGGUCUGCAGCAAAGGAGAAAUGGAACACGCCUAAUGCCAACUGGAAGAGUGAAGCCGGCAACAACCAGCCAUGGCUUUCAUUUUGCCAAGGUAAGAGAUGGGUGACGUAGGGCUGGGUAUAAAACAGCGUCUGUUUUCUCAGGAACCUUGGGCGAUUUUGUGGCUGUGGCGUCAAAUGUGCCGAUCCUGAUUCAGCGUGCAAGUGCUACUACGGUCGGAGGUUUGAUAUUGCACUUGGAGUUGUAGACAGUGUUGUAAAACGUACUCCCGGGAUGACGUCCACAUUGAGGCCUGAUUGAAAAGGAUUGUCUGCACCAUGAAAUUUUAUCGUGUAUUGUGAAGCAAGACCAAACACCUUACCAAUUGCUACAAACAGACC